CCCCGCCCAGACCAGGAGGAGGAGUUAAUCCCGGAGCCGAAGAAACCGAAAGUACAGGCGGGGCAGGCAGCGCGAUCCUUUCCCGCCCCGUCAUGUCCCUGUCCGGCUCCCGCGCCCCGCUCCUAGAAGAUGACUUCCAGUUCCUCCUUUGCGAGGGCUGCCGGCAGGAAUCGCCCAACCUCAAGCUCCUCACCUGCCUCCACACCUUGUGCCUCGGUUGCCUGGGCAAGAAUGAGCCCACUGGGCAGUGCCCCGUGUGCUGCACGGCCAUCCCACAGGCCAGCGGCAUCCCAGACAUGGACAACCUGCUCUUCAACAACCUGCAGGCCCGGCUGAGGGUCUACAAGCAGAUGGUUGAUGGAGUUGACUUGUUUUGCAACAACUGCAGGAAAUCAGGGGAGUUCUGGUGCUCUGAGUGCUUCGAAUUCCUCUGCACCAAGUGCUUCGAGGCCCACCAGCGCUACCUGAGGUCGGAGAGCCACAGACCCAAGAGGGUGAUGGACAUCAGGGCAGGGUCUGCAAAAGACUUCCUGCAGGGGAUCAGGAGGACAGGGAGCUUGUCCUGUUUCAACCCAGACCACAUGAGCCAGCCUGUGAGCAUCUACUGCCAGAGAUGUGAGAAGGCGCUGUGCUGCUCGUGCGCGCUGCUGGACAACCAGCACGCACCGUUCUGCGACAUCCGCAGCGAGACCCAGCGCAGGCAGGAGGAGCUGAGCUCCAUGGAGCGGGAGCUGUGGCGGCGCCGGAGCGGCUUCGAGGCCACCUACGUGUCCCUGCAGGGCGAGGCCGCCCGGCUGGAGGAGGCGCAGCGGGAGAUGCGGGAGCUGAUCCGGCAGCGCGUGGAGCAGCUGGUGCGGCUGAUCCGGCAGGAGGAAGAGGAGCUGUUGGGGCUGGUGGAGGCGCGUCAGGAGCAGGGCCGGCGGGAGCUGGAGCGGGAGCUGCGGCACGUGGAGGGGGUGCUGCGGCGGAUGGAGGCGGGCGAGAGGCUGGUGGAGAAGAUGAACCUCUACGCCACGGAGCAGGAGGUGAUGGACAUGCAGCCCUUCAUCAAGGGCUCGCUGCAGGAGCUCCAGCGGCUGCAGCCGCCGGCAGCUGGGGACCAAGCGGAGCCUGGGCCCUUUGCCGAGUGCAGGGCCAGGCUGGAGGCGCUGGUGGAGCGCGUCACAGGGCACCCAGCUACAGGUACCUCCACUUCCCGGCACAACUCCCUGUCUGAUGAUAGCAUUGUGAUCCUUGACCUCAAGCAUCCCGGGGAGGAUUGCCAACCACAAGGAGAUCUCCCUGUGGACCUACCAGCCCACAACCAGCCCUGUGCACCUGUGUCAGACCCCUCUGGUGGCAGAGGACACGUGUGUCCAAAACAGGGAGGGGAUAUGUCCCCCACCCUACCCAAGACUCUUCUGAUACAGAGGGAGGAAGAAGCAGAGGAAGACUCAGGCUCAGCCCAUGGGGACACUCUGCCUCUUCCCAGGAGCAUCCAGGACUCUCUGGCCUCCCUGCAGGAAGGUUUUGGUGGCUGGGCCAGGUCCAACGUGCAGCAGGCGGACAAGUUCCUGAGGAUGGGCACUCGCCUCCUGCAAGCUCAGCAGAGGGCAAACAGGCACCUAGUGGCCAUGACCCGGGAGAUCCGGGCCAUGUCCCAGUCCCUGGCCACCAUCUCCUCUGCUGUGGGACCCCUGCUGCAGCUUGUGGCCUGCCCACAGAACCCCUCCACUGCAGACAUGGACUGGCCAUCCCUGCCCUCCAACUUGCUGGACUUAUUCCCUUCCAGCAACCCGCAGAAGGAUGAACCACCAGUCCCAGCGGCUGCCGUGGCCUUUUCCCCCAGAACACCCCCUCCUGCCACCCCCCCUGCCAGCCCAGCACGCUCCGAGACCCCCAGCCUGGAGUCCGAGUGGGAAUGCCCCAAAUCAGUGCAUCCCACCAGGAGCAAGCGGGGUGGGCAGCCCAGCACGAGGCUGAGGAAGCGGAGGAAGUGAGGGUCUGCAAAGCAGGACGUUUGCCAUGGACUGUGGCUGCUUGGAAAACCCUCCAGAGGUCCCUGUGGAGACCUUUAGGGUUCUCUUUCACCUUGCCAUGCCAAUA